GUAGACAGGAAGUGGCCUUUAACACACACCAGUGCUCUGUCAGUCAGUCAGUAAAUGUACAGGAUGGAGCUCAGUCCACUCGCUGUGAUGCUCUUGCUGGUUUCACUUUUACCAGUGGCUCAUGCUCAAGCUAAACCCAAACCGACUGUGAGAGUGAAUCCUCAGAGCUCCAUCUACACUGGAGACACCAUCACUCUGAGCUGUGAGCUGCAGGAGAUGACUGGAUGGGGAUUUUUCUAUUAUAAUCAGUGGUUUCAGCGUCUGAACAGAAAACCAGCAAACUCAUUUAAAGUGACAGUCAAUAAUGCAGGAGAAACAGAGUACCGGUGUCAGGCACGCACAAAAAACUACAACAACUACUACGACUACUACACAGAAUACAGUGAACCUGUGAAGAUUACAGUAAACGAGAGACCACAUCCAGUACUGAGUGUAUCUCCACAGAACUGGCUGACUGAAGGAGACUCAGUGACUCUAAGCUGUGAGGUUACAGACUCCUCUACAGACUGGACAUUCAGCUGGUACACAGCUGUUCCCUACAGAGACGGUGUAACUGCAACACAAAAUACUCAUGGCUUUAUCAUGUAUGUGGAGCUUCUCUCAGACAGCAGCAGAGGAUCUGGAGGCUCCUACACUCUCAGUCCUUCUGCUCUUCAUCACACAGGAGUUUAUGUGUGUAGAGGAGAGAGAGGAGAACCAGUCAGUCACACACUGUACAGCAAUCCACAGCCUCUAUGGAUCUCUGCAAGUGAAUCUCCUCCAGUGUCUCUGAUCAUCAGUCCCAACAGAACUCAACACUUUACUCGUGACUCUCUCUCACUGAGCUGUGAGGACCAGAGUAACUCUACUGGAUGGACAGUGAGACGAUACACAGACAGUGAAGGAGUGUUAGAUUGUUCACAGUGGGGAUCAGUUACAGGAUCUACAUGUAACAUCAGCUUCCUCUCCACAUCCUACACUGGAGUUUACUGGUGUGAGUCUGAAUCUGGAGAAAACAGUAAUCCUGUCAACAUCACAGUUCAUGAUGGUGAUGUGAUCCUGGAGAGUCCUGUUCAUCCUGUGACUGAGGGACAUCCUCUGACUCUACACUGUUUAUAUCGUAACACAAAUCCCUCAAACCUCCGAGCUGAUUUCUAUAAAGAUGGAUCAGUCGUCCAGAACCAGACUACAGGAGAGAUGAUGAUCCAUAAAGUCUCAAAGUCAGAUGAAGGUUUCUACCACUGUAAACACCCAGAGAGAGGAGAGUCACCGAGAAGCUGGAUCUCAGUCAGACUAUCAGGUCCAUCACAUUUAGAAGCUCCAUUCUCAGUGCUCAUGCUGAUCAGUAGUGUAGUGACGGCAUCUCCAUAUCUGCUGAUCACCAUCAUUCUGCUGGUCAAAUGUUACAGAGCUCGAGCUCACACUGAUGAAGACAGAAUUGAGAAUGCAGUCAUGGAGGAGUGAACAAAGUUAAUCUAUAAAAAGACGAUGUGUUUACUGUCAAAUACAUUUUUUUUAUUGCUUAUUGUGUGGAUUUUACAAUAAUAAUGAUUUUUUAUUUUAAUUACAUGCUGUUAUUUGCUCUGCAUCUCAUAAAUAUCCCCAUUGUUCUGUCUGGAUUUGUUUAGUUAAAGCCUGCAAACCUUCUCAUGAGGUGAAAGUGACCAUGUGAGUAGACUGUAAUAAAGCCGACAUUCUGCUUAUGCAAAACAGUACAAAUGUGUGGAAAUAUUUAUUGUAAAAUAUAUUGUUUUAGAGAAAAUGUUGAUGUAUUGUCUGAAGUUUGAGUUCUGCUUCUGCUAAAUACCAUCUGACAUGUGGGAUAUAAAUGUGUCUGCUGUUGGA